AUGGACGCCGCGAAUUCAAGUUCGUUGCCGAUCGGCCACGAAUUCUGGGUUCUGGCGGUGGAGCGGUACCUGCUGGUCGAGGCCCGCUUCUACCGAUACGACGUGACUCUGUGUGGCGGAACACUCAGCAUGUGGGCUCCACUGAAAUGUCUCCUCGCACCGCAUUUGAACCAUCUAGUGCAGAGGAACGACCUGCGCUCCGGCUGCCGGCUCAGGGUGGCACAGUUGUGGGUGCGGGUAGACGGUGUGACAGUAAUAGAGAGAGUCGAAAUGCUGAGAGCCAGCACGCCUCCCCCUCUUCUGACAGCGGUUGGGCCCGUGUCCCGCCCUUUACUCAGCCCCUCCAGCUGUUACCUCCCACUUUGGGAGGUGAGUGACUAUUACGGGGAGGAGUGGACUGUGCAAGCUUUCGGCCAUGAACAAGUCAGCUUGGAAGGUCUGAGAAUAAUCACACUAAAGGAGUUAGUGCUUGCAUGGAGAAGAAGAUUGAAAUUGGCCCCACUGUUGGUGAGAAUAAUGUAUAAAUCCAGAUUACGACAUUAUGGGAAAACUGCCAAGUACAUUGAUUGGCCUUAUCAGGCAUACUUUAAAGUUGCUGACUCUUCAGGUAUGAUGUCUGCUAUUCUGUGGAACUCAUUAUGCCCAAAACUCUUUAGGAGUCUAGAGGUUGGGACUGUAAUACUUAUCCAGCACUACUCUGUGAAGGUUGCACAUCAGAAGAGAAGGCAUCCUAUUUUGUACUGCCCAGACAUAAAAAUCUAUAAUGAAAUAGAUAUUUCCUUAAACCCUUGGAAACCUACAUCUGAUAUUAAGGUUAUUCCAUCAAAACAAAUUAAACCUGAGUGGAAACUUCCUGAUAUUAAGUAUCAGUUUAUUACAAGGGAUAGGCUUGACAUUGUGCCUGAUAGUUAUAUUUGUGAUGUCAUAGGCCUUGUCACCUUUGUAGGAAGAUGUGAAAGAAUCAGAAAGUCAGGUAAUGCACCCAAAAGCAGCGAUGAUUUUUGGGUUCGACGAUUUAUCGAAAUGGUCGAUGAAACUAGUGCAAAACCAUUUAUUCUGGAACUUUAUUGCACAUCUCAACCAGAAAUUUACCGACAGCUACAUCCAGUGACUUUUUUAGUGUGCACUCAGAUGAGGGUUGUAAGGAACAAAUUCAAUAGCAUUACCUAUUUGACUUCAUCCCAUGAGACUCAAAUUUAUAUCACAGGUUAUCACAAGGGAAGACCAUAUAGAACUGACAAUACAGUCAAAAGAUUUCUUCAUUGGGCAAAAUUGCAAAAUGAAAAAGAUUUUCUGGAAAGUUCUCUGGUAGGAGGAUAUUAUUCUUUUCCUCCUCUCCCAUCAAGCUUCUUGACCUACAUUCAAAAUAUGAAAGCAGUCAAUCUCACCACAAUGUGCCAGUUAAAGGAGAAAAUAGAAAGGUUGUAUUAUAGAGAGCAUAAACAGAUAGUCAUUGAAGGAAUUAUUACAGCUGUCAGAUAUAUUACUCCAACAUCUUCUAUUGGAUGUUCAAUGCACAAAAAAUACACUCAGCUUGCAAACACUAAAAAUGGUGCCAAUGUGCAAUCCAGCAACUCAUCCAUUGAAUAUCGAGAUGAUUUGGCAAAUAACCAAGAAUCAGAGCAGGAUUACUUCUGUAACUUCCAUAGGAUAUUUCAAACUUUCAACCAAGCAUUUAAGUCAAAGGAAGAAGUUACAUCACUUGGAAGAAAAAAUUACAAUCUAAGAUCAAGGAAAGAAGAAUUGUUUCAGAGUUCCAUCUUGAAAAAUAAUUCUCCUGAUCCAGACUUAUUGUCCAGUAGUGAAGAAACAGAGGAUGAAUAUUUUACUGCUGAUGAAGGUUUGUUCAACAUGAGCUUCUCUUCUGCUCAUGCUUCUCAAAGCCAGUUCUGUGGGAGAAGUUACAUCCUAAAUAGUUCAAAAUUGACAGGCUAA